AUGAAAAUAGUUACUGAGGCUAUUGAAAAUAGGUUGAAGCGUAUCUUCUCCGAGAUCAUUGAUGUUGAGCACACUGUUUUCGUGAAGGGUCGCCUUAUCACCAACAACACCUUCAUAGCAAUGGAGUGCUUACAUUGGAUGAAAAAUAAAACAAAAAAGAAGGGUAUCAUGUCAUUUAAACUUGACAUGUCAAAAGCUUAUGAUAUGAUCAGAUGGAGUUUUGUCAAUGGAGUUUUGGAGGCAAUGGGUUUUCCGAAGACUAUCAUUGUUGAAGAAGGAGGUGGAGACAAACAAUAUUCAUGGGAUCCAAGUUACGAGAAAGGUACCCUAAAUCUAUCACUUGUUUUUUUAGAUGACAUCUUACUCUUUGCUCGUGCAAAAGCCAAAGAAGCGGGCAAUAUCAUGGAGAUUCUUGCAAAGUAUCAGAGUUUCUCCGAGCAAGUGGCUAAGUUGGAUAAAUCAGAGGUGUCUUUUAGUCGAAAUAUGUUGAUGAAGUCAAAGAUAUGA